CAACUAGUUCCUUCCGUCCUUGCCCUCUACUUGUGGUAGUUGCCUCACUGUCGCCACGCCUCCACAGAGAAAACAACAGCCUAGUUACCCUGUCAAAGUAGGCUGAGCGAUUUUUUUUCUUGCAUCAAGAGGCCACAAGCAAGAGGGAAGGACACACUACUUUGAGUUUACACCCUGAAACCAGUCUCUAGAAAUCCUGUCAGCCAUUGUCUUCAAAUAAACGCAGGAAAUACCCAUCUCAAUUGUGGAACAUUAACAUGGCAGAGGCAAGCAUCCCUGUGGAGGAGAACCAUUUCCAGUGUCCUGUUUGUAUAGAACUACUGAAGGACCCAGUGAGUAUCCCUUGCGGACAUACUUACUGUAUGGACUGCAUUAAAAAGUGUUGGGAUCAAGAGGAAGAAGAGCACGUCUACAGCUGCCCUCAAUGCAGACAGACCUUUAACCCAAGACCUGUACUUGGUCGGAACACGAUACUCGCCGACAUGGUGGCAAAGCUCAAGGCAAAGGGUUUUCAGAAUGCUGAAGAAGACGCAGAGUUUGCGGGACCUGGCGAUGUGCAGUGCACGAUUUGCAUCGGGAGGAAACGCAAAGCUGACAAAUCUUGUCUGGAGUGCCAAGACUCCUACUGCACACUUCACUUCUGCCGUCAUGAGGAACUUCUCGCUGGAAAGAGGCACAAGGUGGUGGAAGCCACUUCUGAUUUGCAGAGCAAGAUGUGCUUGUGUCAUGGCAAACCGCUGGAAGCCUUUUGCGAGACUGAUAAGAAGUGUGUGUGCGUUGUGUGCAUCACAGAGAAGCACCAAGGCCAUGUUGUGGUGUCACCAGCCAAAGCAAAACAGGAUAACCAGCUUAAACUCAAAGGCCAGCUGGAAACUGAAAUCGACAAGAGAGAAACGGAACUGAUAAAGAUGGCUGAUAAUGUUGAUUGUGUUAAGCGGUGCGGCCAGGCUUCAUCCGAGACUAUGGAGAAUGGGUUUGCCGAGCUGAUGGCGUUCUUUGAGCAAAAACGUGCAGAAGUGGUGGAGCUGAUCCGAGCUAAAGAGCGAGCCGAACUCAGCCGCACAGCGCAGCUCCAGGAGGAGGUCCGCACGCUGAGGGCCAAAACAGCUGAUCUGGAACGCCUUGGAAACCAACAGGAUGACAUACAUUUCCUGCAGAACCUCCCUCUUGUAUCUCCUGAUGAUUUGCCACGUUUUGUUGCCAAGGUAAAAUACUCAUUUGAUCGUGUUGCACUGGAGUGUUACUGGAAAACUAUGAUGGAGAAUCUGAAAAAGGCCUGUGAUGAAAAUGUGAGCCAUAUAUGGAGGCAAGUCAACUUCAGGUUCUUUCCAAGCUUCACAUUGACCAAAGCUGAGUGGAUCAACCGUUCCUGCAAGCCAAAGUUAGAUGAGGAUACUGCAUUCCGUCAUCUUGACAUACACUAUGAUUGCAGAACAGUGGAAUGGAGUAAUCAUGUUGUUAAUGAGGAAGUCACGUUGAAGCGUUUCUAUGAGUGCCGACAGGUUCUCUGUGAAGAUGCUGCUCCUGAGGUGGCCUGCUGGAGUGUUAAGUGGGAGAGCAGACGUGGUUAUCAGGUCUCCAUUGCAGUGGCAUACCACAGCAUUCCACGGCUAGGAAUUUCCGGUAACUGCAGAUUUGGACGCAAUGACGUUUCCUGGUGCUUGGAGCGCUCGGGCUCAAGUCUGAGUUUUCAUCACAAUAAUUGUGAGACAGAAAUUGCUGGUUCAAUUCCCUCUGAGGUUGGUGUUUAUUUGAACCAAAAGGAAGGAAAUUUGAUCUUCUAUGACUUGGAUCAUGAUGAUCCUAAGUGUAUUUUUGUAGUGCAGGCCAGAUUUACACAGCCCCUCUACCCAGGAUUUUAUGUCACCGCCUUCUGCUCUGUUACAAUCUCCUAACUCUACAUAAUUAUCUUCAUAAUUAUUGAGAUGUAAUCAGAGCACAAUGAAAAACUGAGGGUUAUCAAAUCAUUACUUAGGGAUCAUUUUCACAGAUUACAUUGCAAAAGAAAGUUGACAACAAAAAUAAUGACGCACUUGGUAGGUUAGUAACUAUGAAUAUUGAUAGGCCUAUUGAUAUUUCAAGAAUUGUGACAUAAAUCGGAGCUUAUCAACCCUCUAUUGCAUGAACAACCUUUUAAACAUCAUUUAUUUUAUUUAAACAAAAAUCUGAUUGGUAAUUUGCCAUAUGGCAACAACGCGGGUUUGAUGAACAUGCCUUGAAAUUAAUUUUCUUUCAAAACAUGAUCUUAUUGAAGGAAAUUGUAAACAAUUGUAACAUUAUAAUCUUACAAUGUGAAAUAUAGUUUAUUUGAGGUAAAAUACAUUUAGUUUUAUUCAUACUUUACUAAUAACUCAACGGGAGCCCUGCCCUAUGUAACUCAAUGGGAGCCCAUUGGUACAGUAUGCAUGUGUAGAAGGAGUGUCACUGUAUGCAUGUGGAAAUGUAUUUAUUUGUUAAUAUUAUAUCAUAUAACUUAUGCAUUGAGGUAUACAAAUAGCAUAAUGUUAAGAAAGUUAAUGUUUUCAAGUUAAAAUUAUAUAAUAAGUGCAAAUAGAGCCCUAUGUAACUCAAUGGGAGCCCUGCCCUAUGAAACUCAAUGGCAGCCCAUUGGGAUGCAUGUAUAGAAGGAGUGUCACUGUAUGCAUGUUGUUGCCAUAUGGCAACAAAUUAUUUUUUGCCUUUUACAGAGAAAGUAUAACUUUAUAUUUGGAUUAAAUGAUGAACAAUGAAAGUUUACUCAUCCUAGAUUGAUGUUGAAUUUUAUUAUGAUGAAAAUAUGUCUUAAAGUUUGAAAGCUAACUAUGUAUAGAUUCCCACUUUGACGUGACCUUCAAAGUGUUGCGCAUCCACAUGAAAGGGGUGGGAAAACAGGAUUUCCUUAUAAGGUAAUGUCAUCAAACUGAUAAAUAUUUCAAAAAUAAAGUCCCAUUUUCACUCACACUGGGAAAAGUGGAGGAUAUUUGUCAUUCUCUAUUUAAAAAACCCCAAAAAAGAAUUUGUUGCCAUAUGGCAACACCUUGCAAUAGAGGGUUAAGUAUCAAAGACUACACGUUGUGAAAAUAAAUCAAGAAUAUACAAUAUAUAUAUACAGUAUAUGCAUACUAAAAGUUCUGAGUUUGAGUUGGACCUAAAAUAAUAAUUCAAAUACACCAAUUUAUUUUCCUUUACUCUUUUAAUUUGUUUAUUUAUUCCAUGACAUGACAUUCUUUUUUUUCAUUUCGUUCUUUCGUACUUUCUAAAAGUGGAAACAAUGUUUAUAAUUACUAUAUUUAAUGGUUAUGUUUGUGGAUUUGCUAGCCUAUUAGUUAGUCUUUUACAUGAAUUUACUGUGUUGCUACAUGAAAAGCAUUGUAAAUGUGCCGUACAAAUAAAGCCUAGUGACUGUC